AUGGGUUGCAUCAAACUUCCUCGAUUGAGAUUAUACUGGAGCACUGAGUAUGGCUAUACUCCAGUUUCGAGAAUCAUGUCAAGAGACAGGUUUCUGGCACUCAGAAAUGCUUUUCACGUGGUUGAUGCUUCUUCUGCCCCAAAAAAUAAUAAUAAACUGUGGAAAGUACAGCCAGUUCUUGAUGCAAUAAGAAAUGUGUGCCUGAGUCUUCCACAGGAUCAUGUUACUUAUUCAGUUGAUGAACAAAUGAUACCACUUACAGGUCGCUGCCCACUGAGGCACUUUGUGAAAAACAAACCUCGACCAGUUGGAUUAAAGAACUCUGUACUUACAACAUCUGCUUGCCUUGUAUGA